GUUGGCACCCGGAACUCCACCCGGAACUUCCGGGUCCGCUCGGAGCCCGGAGCCCGAGGCACGACGGGAAGGGGAGGAUUCCCCAAUGGCUCGCACAACAUUCACAGGGUUUGAACCACAGUCCCCUAAGAUGUAACACAGAAACUCACUUUCUUUUCUUUCCUUUCUUUCUUUUUUUUUUUUUUUUUUUCUGAGUUUGCUCAUACGCUCUUCAAGUUUCCGGAACGAAGUCGGUUUACUUCUCAUUGGAGGAGACGGGAUCAUGGCUGCCCUCCUUCAUGCAGUGCCAAAGUUUCAGGGGCCAGCUGCAUGGGGGAGGCCUCUUCACCGACUGUGGUGCUGCACUGGGCAGGGAGAUCCCAAAAGGUGGCUGGGGAGGAGGUCUCCCACUUCACAGGAGAAGCCACCAGGCACAGAGACUGAGAAAUUCCACACAAUCUAUCGAUUCUAUACCAUCAGAGCACUUGGCUUUCUAUCUCGCCUGAAGUUGGCACAGACAGCUGUGACUGUGGCCGCCCUGCCCCCAGGCUUCUACUCGUACUCACAGGGCCUCAUGACCCUCAAUUCACUCUGCCUUGUGAGUGGGAUCUGCAGCUUUGCUCUGGCCAUGCUGUGUUGGAUGAGCUACUUCUUACGGAGGCUGGUGGGCAUCCUGUAUGUGAAUGAGUCAGGUACUAUGCUUCGAGUGGCCCACCUGACCUUCUGGGGGUGGCGACAGGACACUUACUGUGCUGUGUCAGACAUAAUACCCCUGUCAGAAUCCAAGGACCAGGUCCGGGAUGUGUUGAUACGCAUCCAGCAAUACAGUGGCAAGCAGACCUUCUACCUUACCCUGCGCUAUGGCCGAAUCCUGGACAGAGAACGUUUUUCACAAGUGUUUGGAUCGCUGAGCACACUUAAGUAAAGAACAGCAACUCGGCCUCCUGUAGCCUUGGGAGCACUUGGAGUUUAGACAGGAAGGCCAAGAACAUUAAUAACCAGGGACUGGGGCUGAAGCCCAGCUGGUAGACUGCUUGUCUGGCGUGCAGGAAGUGAAACCCUGGGUUCAGUCCCUAGAACUGCAUAUAACCAGGCAUGGUUGUGUGUGCCUCUUCUUUCAGCACUGGAGAAAAAGUUCAAGGUUUUCUUGGGACAAAAAAAAAAGAA